AUGGAGGACAAAAAUUUCGAUUCUAAGAAUCACGUGCAAGUUGUAGAAGAUUUAUCUGAUAGGGUUUCACGUUUAUCCCCUUGUGAUCACAUAUUCAAUUCAUAUUCUCCUCUGGAUGAUGAAGUGGAUGGUAAUUUGAGGAAUCAUCAUAAUCAUGUUACUAAAGAGAAUUCUGACUCUUUGUCUUCUGUUAGCACUGAGGAGAAUAAUAUGAACUUAUCUAGAUUAUAUCCUGAAUUACCCGAGGAAUCGUUGGAAAGGAAUGAAGAGGAUAUGGAGGCUUUAGCUGGUAUUCAGAAUCAGAGAAAGUAUUUUUAUUAUGAUGCUCCGCUGAAUGAAGAUACUGGAGUUUGGAUACCGGUUUCGGUUCCACCUAUGUUGGAAGAUGAUCAUAAAGAGUGGACCAAAGGUUUUCACUCGAGUGGAGGUUUUUUUCCUGAGGAUGAUAUGGGAUGGAAUCAAUAUGUUGGAGGAGAUAAGGAAUUGACUAUGUGGGAAGUGUUGGUAGAGAUUUUACUUGUGGCGAGAGGAAAAGUGUCGUCUUUGGCAUCAGGAGAUAUUCAUACGUAUAGCUUUUCGUGGCUAUCGAGUCAUGUACUUGAACAAGCUUGGAGAGAGAUGGCACAGACGCUCACGGAGACUAGUUUUGGUAAUGUGAAGGAGUUGAUAGAAGCUGAACCUCCUAAAUGGUUGGCGGAUAGUGCUGCUGCUUCUUGUAUGCUCUGCGGUGUGAGGUUUCACCCAAUCAUGUGUUCAAGGCAUCAUUGUCGGUUUUGUGGAGGAAUAUUUUGUGGCGAAUGUUCUAAAGGACGGAGCUUGAUGCCAUCAAAGUUUCGAGUUUCUGAUCCCCAAAGAGUCUGCGAUGUAUGCUUUGUCCGAGUUGAGUCUAUACAGCCUUAUUUGAUGGAUCAUACCAUGGAAUAUGAAAUUUACAAGGCAACUAACACUAUCAAGUCUUAUAAUCAGAUAGGUUUAGUAAAGCCCGAUAAGACAAUUCCAGAUGUCAUUCUUAGGCAAGCAAAAGGUCUAGCAAUUAUCACUGUGGCCAAAGUUGGAGUGAUGGUUACUUAUAAUAUUGGAACAGGAAUUGUGGUUGCACGUAGGGAAGAUGGUUCAUGGUCUCCACCAUCUGCUGUUUCAACAUUCGGAAUGGGGUGGGGGGCUCAGGCUGGAGGGGAGUUAACAGACUUCAUUAUUGUUCUGAGAACAAAUGAUGCUGUCAAGACAUUUAGUGGUAAUGCACAUCUUUCACUUGGAGCUGGUUUAAGUGCUGCUGUUGGCGUUGUUGGAAGGGCAGCUGAAGCUGAUAUUCGAGCUGGUGAUGGCGGCUAUGCUGCUUGUUAUACUUACAGCUGCAGUAAAGGUGCAUUUGUUGGUUGUUCACUUGAAGGAAGUAUUGUCACCACUCGCACACAAGAAAAUUCUCGUUUUUAUGGCAGCCAGUCUUUAACUGCAACAGAUAUACUUCUUGGCUCCUUGCCUAGGCCACCUGCUGCUGCUAUUCUCUACCGAGCUCUCGCAGAAUUGUAUUUGAAGAUUGAUGGUUAUUAA